GGUGAAGCUGGAUUGGCGCGGGAGGACUUGAGAUAAAUAAGCACUCCGUGUUCGGCGCGGUGAGGAGGAGACGUCGCCGCGCAGACACGGCAGGAAAUCGGGGACGAUAAUAGAGGCAUCAACAAGAGGAAGUGAAGGAAAAGGAGAGAGGAGGCAACAUGGCCCUUGAAGGAGCGGCAGAGUCCCGAGAUUGGCUGUUUAUGCUUCUGCUAUGCCUGACCUUAAUGGCUGAGGUGCUUGAGUUCGCUGUUGCCUCGACUCAGGGCCUGGGAGACAUGGACGUGGGGGACUCUUAUUGCCCCUCCGUGUGCCGGUGUGACGAGGACUUCAUAUACUGCAACGACCGCGGCCUCAGCGCCAUCCCGCCCCUACCGCCCUCCGCGACCGUCCUCUAUCUCCAGAACAACCACAUCGACAAUGCCGGGCUACCCACCUCGCUGGAGCACCUCACCACCGUCCGCGUCAUCUAUCUCUAUGACAACGAGCUGGACGACUUCCCCAUGCACAUGCCUCCGUCUCUGAAGGAGCUGCACCUGCAGGACAACAACAUCCGCGUUCUGCCCCGUGCAACGCUGGCCCGCCUGCCAUUGCUCGAGAAGCUGCACCUGGACGACAACUCCGUCUCCACCGUCAGCAUCGAGGACCAGGCGUUUGUGGACAACCCGCGGCUCCGGCUGCUCUUCCUGUCCCGCAACCACCUCUCGAGCAUCCCUUCAGGGCUGCCCGCCGCGCUGGAGGAGCUGCGUCUGGACGACAACCGCAUCUCCACCAUCCCCACGCACGCCUUCCGCGGGCUGUCCUCACUGCGCCGCCUCGUCCUGGACGGGAACCUGCUGGCCAACCAGCGCAUAGCGGACGACACCUUCGCCCGGCUGUCCAACCUGACGGAACUGUCGCUGGUGCGGAACUCCCUGCAGAAGCCGCCGCUGAACCUGCCCAGCGCCACCCUGCAGAGGCUGUCCCUGCAGGACAACGCCAUCACCCACAUGCCCCGUGGCUCUCUGGAUGGCAUGCGGCACCUGCAGAGGCUUGACCUUUCCGGAAACAACCUUACCACUUUGCCCAGGGGCUUGUUCCGGGAUUUGGACAGCCUGGCGCAGCUGCUAGUGCGUGGGAACCCUUGGUACUGCACUUGCAACUUGCGCUGGCUCCAUGACUGGCUGCACGCCCGAGGCAACACCAUCACAGUCAGGGGUCUGACCUGCCAAGGGCCAGAGAGAGUGCGAGACAUGGCCCUGAGGGACCUCACCAGCCAGAUGGAGGAGUGUGAGACGACAGCCCCGGCCGCCGGGGCCGCCGGGGCUGCUGGGAGUCGAGAUAGGGCAGGCGGGGGAGGCAUCGCGGCCAGCUCCACCACCCUGUCACCUCUCCAGGGCUCCCUGUUCACGCUGCGCUCCCGGAGGCCCAGUCUGGGAUUCCCGGACGCCGGGCUGGACUACAAGCUGAGCAGCAGCGGGGUGGGCAAGAACCUGGCACUGAACGUGAAGGCCCUCUCCCACGACAGCAUACGGGUGACGUGGAGCGUGGCCCAGCCCACGACCUCCUUCAGGCUCAGCUGGCUCCGGCAGGGCAGCAGCGCGGCCAUGGGCUCCAUCACCGAGACGCUUGUGCAGUCGGACAGGCGCGAGUACCUGCUGACCUCCCUGCAGCCCCUCUCCAGCUACAUCAUCUGCAUAGUGCCCCUGGCUACCAGCUCAGGGGCCAAAGGCGCGAUGACAGGCGAGGACGUGGACCCGGACAACGAGCCAGUUUGCGCAAAGACGGAGACGGCCAGUCCCAGCCAGGACACCAGCCAGGACCAAGGGCAGGGGUCGGAGCAGCUGACCACCUUGCCCCUCGCGGGGAUCAUCGGUGGUGCGUCGGCCCUGGUGUCCCUGGCUCUCAUCUUGGCUAUAUUCUGCUGGUACAGCCACCGAGCAGGCUGCCUCACCAACAGAGACCACUACACCCGUAACAACUCGCGCAAGACCAAGCAGUACGACGACUACAUCGAGUCGGGGACUAAGAAAGACACCACCAUCCUCGAGAUCCGCAGCCCCGGCUUCCAGAUGACACCCAUGGCUACCAGAGAGCCCUUGCAACCAAAACCCCUUCGCGAAGACUACAUCAUACACACCAUUUUCCCUCCGAAUGGCACAGGCAUUUACAAAGCCCCCCAUCAUAUGACUAACACCGCUGGCUACGGAACAAACCGCGGCUACAGAGAAGGCGGUAUCCCAGAUUUAGACUACUCCUACACGUGAUGGACCUCACCUCACAGUUAGAAAUGACCUGUACUGUAUAGAUGCACAGUUUUUCUAUCAGCAUGGGUUGUGAAGCACCCCUUUGUGCCUUCUGGUUUCCAUUCCAACUUCGUCCCGCUGUUUACGGCACGGAAACUUUUAAUUGGCUGUGCCCCUGGGAAGCGUCUCUCUGUCUGUGUGCGUAAAGGCUGUGGUGAAUGCAGCAUUUCAGGUGUCAACACCAACGGCUAGUUUCACACUCUGGUAAUGAUCAGUGUCACUACACUGUUUCCCUGCGUGCUCUCACUCUGUGGGAGUGGUGAGUGCCAGAGCAGUCUGUACAGAAGAAGCUAACCUCCAGACUCCUGCGCAAAUGGACCAGUAUAGCUUUCUUUUCUUUGCUUGCACAGGCUAUUCAGGUUGACACAAAAAAAAGCAGCUGCACCAGAAUCUAAACCUUCAAAACUGCAAGGUGUAAGAGGUUAGCUGUCCAAGUCCUCCAGUAGUUGCCAUGCAGUAAAAGGCUACAGCAGUCAUCGCUAAAAAGAACACCCGAAAAGGACACUACAUCCUGUGGGUUCUCUCCGGCUCUGCUUCAGCGAGCAGAGGAAACUCAUUGCUGCAGUAAGGCUUUUUUUAUGAUGAAAGGACUGAUGUGGUAUAUUUAUGGAUCAGCUGACAUUUGGCUCCGAAGGGAGAAGCCUAACCUAUUCGCUGUAGAUGAUUGUUGCACAUUGAAAGAGACUUGAUUUGUGCUGUAUCUCCCCCAAAAUGCAGAUUCAUAAAAUACCUGGAUAGCUAGUCUGUCUGUCUCGGAAGGAGUCUAUCACAUGCUUCGUAAUGCCUCAAAUGUCCUCACUUGCCAGCAAGCUUACAGUACAUGCCUAAUGAAAUACUGUAUUUUUAACUUGGCCCUUUAAACUCUAAUCUGACCCCGAGUACUGUGUACAUCUGUGAGAGGGAUCCUAUUGUGAUUGGUUGACUCUUAAACAUUUGAAGAGUAAAUAUCUGCAUUGUACUGAAAGCAACCCAUGUGUAUAAAGAUAUACACCAACACUUAUUAAUGGACAUCUUUGUGAAAAAAAAUGCUAUGUUCCCAAGUAGGUUUGUUUUCCACCAAAUCACACAAUUUACCUUUAUGUAUUUGAUCUUUACAUGCUUUUCUGUUUUUUUUUUGUAAUUUUGAGUACCAUCAAUAGUGAUCAAUAGUGACAAAUUACCCCCAGCGGACUUUGGGGGGUAUUUAGAUAUUGAAUAGGCCAUUGGAAAUACGACAGUAUGCCAGAGGGAAUAAUGACACAUGUGAGAGGGUCAGGGCUUUCAAUAUUUCACCCUCACUGGGAAAUUCUUAUGGUAGAAGCCUAAAAGGUUUGUCCCCCUUCCUGGUGGGUUUGUGGCAAGAAAUAAAGAGCGGUGUCAAAGUAAGUCCCUUGUAGUAGCAACAUAGUCCUUCAGAGAUGCUGUAUGAACCUCACCUAGGCCCUGGAUACUUUCCGACCCAACCAAUUUCGUAAGGGAAUGGUAGGCAGUCUAGAGAGGAUGACAGCUCGCUCUGAAAUUAGCCUGUGCUAAUCACCUGCUCCAAGCCAAACAUAUUACCCGUUAAUAACGAAAGCCCUCCCGUCCUCUCCUAGGUCAUCUUUGAAUCCGUCCCGAGCGAGUUGGUGUCAGUGGGCCGUCAGGGAGACUAAAGUAAACUUCACAUAAAAACAUGAACCGUUUCACUGUGGACCUGCACUGUGGGAGGGCAGAGGAGAUUGUAAACCGAGAGUUGAGAGGUUUGGCCGGUGUGGGGCUUCCAGGAGAACUCACUCCUCUGUUCCCCUUUUCGUCUGCCUCACAGCACUACUAAUGUAAAAGAAGCAGCACUUAACAGGCACUCUUUAUGAUGGGCAUAUGAACCAAGAGAAAAGCAAUGGGAGAGAAAGUAAAAGAGUGAAAGAGAAAGAAUCAGAGAGAGAGAGAGAGAGAGAGAGAGAGAUCUGAAGACAAAUAAGAGUUGAGAGAUGAAGUCAAAUGAUAGCUUGGGAGCAGUGAAGUUCACCCAUGCAUAAACCUGUUUGUCAUAGCCUGAUAUCUCACAUUGCAUUAGUGUCCUCUACAGACUCUGUUCACAGGACCAUUUAUAACUGCACCGUUUGAAAGAUGGAAACAAAUUGUGCUUCUUUGUCUUUCCUUUGUGCGAGGGAAAUGUACGGCCCUGUUUGUACUGAGAAAGAGGAGUUUUCUCCCACUGCUGGUGCAACCCAGAACACGUUUAGCUUAAUGUACUACAGAUGUGGUUUGACUUACUGUACAUUGAUGGUGUCAGCACAUUUCCGCUCCCCAGUAUGUUCAUGGCUUUCUACAGAUAUUUCAUAUAGCAGCAUUUUUGUGUCCUUUCCACUGCUACCUUUGCUGUCCUUAAAAGUGGCACCGUUCAAAGUGCAACACAAACAUUUUUCACAAUCUGAAAUUUGCACUGUGAUGUCUCAUCCUUAAUCACUAUUGUUACAAUUGCAUUUUUUUUUGCUUGAGCACAAGUUACAACACAGACUUUCACCAGUGGAUUGAUUUACUGUAGGGGUGAUCUUGAUGCAGUAAAGAACACAACAUAAGCAGACAGAAACGACGCCCCAACCUCCAUUUAAAAGGUAGCCAUGUUUAUCCCUCUGUCCAUGUUCCAGACUGUCCUGUGUCUACAGAACAUAUUCUUUCGUGUAUUUUAUUUGAGUAUGUAUGAGAAAGCUAUGAAUGUGUGUGUGUGUGUCUGUGCGUGCACACAUGUCCAUAGGAGUGUGUGUGUGUGUGUGUGUGUGUGUGCGGGUGUCCUUUGGUCUUCGUGAGACUUUUGUGAGAUGCACGGUGAUGGCAGCAGGUAUUUAUUUGACUCUUUAUUUAUUUAUUUAUCUAUUUAUUUAUUUAUUUAUUGAAACCAUCUGCAGAUUCUGCAGCUCCUGCCGACUCGGACCAGCAGUUGUUCCACCUGCAGUCCAUUAAGACAGAUGUCC